AUAAUUUUGGGCGUUAAAAGGGUGUUCAGUUGUUUCAGUGUAUGCUUUUUUGGACUCUUGCAUGAUCCAAAAAGUGCUCUCUUUUUAUUUUCUUUUUUCUCUUUCCUUCUUUCUUCUUCUUCUUCUUCUUCUUCUUUGUGUGCUAAUGGCUUUUUUAUCUGCUUCUGUGUCGGCCAACGAGUAAAUUUUGAUUGAAUCUUUGAAAGAAACGCACCAAAAGAAAUUCAUCAUCUUUUUUCUUUUUUAUUCCUUUUUAUCCUCUUCGGGUCUUUAUAGGAGGUGAACUUGGAGGAGGUUUUGAUUGCACAGACUUUGUGUGUUGUUAGUUACUGAGUUUUUAUUUUUAUUUUUUUAUGGGUUCAAAGAGAGUGUAAGAAAUGAAGAGAACUUUUUCAUGUGUGUUUUAAUUUCUGGGUUUUUCUUGUUUUUGUGGAUCUUAAGUUUGGAAAUUGAAGUUUAUUUUGUGAACUCAAAAUUUUGGUGAAUUGAACAGUGGUUUUUUUUCCUUGUGGAGAUAAAGUGAUUUAGUCGCUGAUUUUUUUUUUGACAAGAAACUGGCCAAAAAGUUUUUUUUUUUUUUUGGUUUCGCUUUAAUUUUGUUCAAUUGUAGUGUUUCCUGUGGCGUAUUUUGGUGUUCGAAGCUGUUAAAGAGCGGCAACAGAGCUGUUCAAAUUGGAGGAAGGUAGAGUUUCGGGGGCUCUGAAUGCUGUUUACUGAUGAAACGUUAGGCUGUAUUGAGAGAAAAAAAAAUGGAGCUUUUUGGAAUUUUAAAUUGGAAAUGUUGAGAUUCUGUGGAAUUCCAAGUUUUUGUUUCGGAUUCACUUUCUGGUGAGGAUCAAAGAAGAUCCUCACUGGAUAUAUAGUUGGACGAGACAAAAGGACUCUUUAAUCUUUAUCACAGUGUUCCUUGAUCAUACAUGCUUUUCAAGCGUUUACUUAGAGAGAAAGGAAACGGGAAAAUUUACUGUUACAAUCAUUAUUUUGAUUGAGAUGAUUACUUUUAUGGACUCAAAAGAGAAACUGAAGGAGAUGGAGAAGUACUUGGAUUCUCAGCUAUGGCAUGCCUGUGCUGGAGGAAUGGUUCAGAUGCCUUCAGUUAACGCUAAAGUCUUUUACUUUCCUCAAGGCCAUGCUGAGCACGCUUGUGGCCCCGUUGAUUUCAGGAACUGCCCUCGGUUACCGGCUUAUAUACUCUGCAGAGUUUUUGCUGUUAAGUUCAUGGCCGAUCCUGAGACCGAUGAGGUUUUCGCAAAAAUUAGGCUGAUCCCAGUUAGUACUUCUGAGCCCGAUUUUGAAGAUGAUGGAAUUGGAAGCAUUCAUGGGAAUGAAACACAGGAAAAGCCGGCUUCUUUUGCUAAGACAUUGACUCAGUCAGAUGCAAACAAUGGAGGCGGUUUCUCUGUUCCAAGGUACUGUGCUGAGACGAUAUUUCCAAGAUUAGAUUACUCUGCUGAUCCCCCUGUUCAGACAAUUCUUGCUAAGGAUGUCCAUGGGGAGACCUGGAAAUUUAGGCAUAUAUACAGGGGGACGCCAAGGAGGCAUCUUUUGACUACGGGAUGGAGCACUUUUGUGAACCAUAAGAAGCUUGUAGCUGGGGAUUCCAUUGUGUUUUUGAGGGCGGAGAAUGGGGAUCUUUGCGUUGGCAUUCGAAGGGCAAAGAGAGGGAUUGGAGGAGGGCCUGAGUCUUCAUCUGGGUGGAAUGCUACUGCUGGAAAUUGUAUGGUGCCAUAUGGAGGGUUUUCAGCAUUUCUGAGGGAAGAUGAGAACAAGUUGAUGAGAAAUGGCAGUAGUAACGGGCUUAGCUCGAAUAGUAAUUUGAUGGGGAAGAGAAAGGUUAGGCCUGAACAAGUUAUUGAAGCUGCAACUCUAGCUGCCAAUGGUCAACAGUUUGAGGUUGUUUACUACCCCAGGGCGAGUACCCCCGAGUUCUGUGUGAAGGCCUCUUCAAUGAAGGCAGCAUUGCAGAUCCGGUGGUGCUCAGGAAUGAGAUUUAAAAUGGCCUUUGAAACAGAGGAUUCUUCACGGAUUAGUUGGUUUAUGGGCACUAUAUCUUCUGUUCAAGUUGCUGAUCCCCUCCGCUGGCCUGACUCACCUUGGAGGCUUCUUCAGGUUACAUGGGAUGAGCCAGAUUUGCUUCAAAAUGUAAAACGUGUCAAUCCUUGGCUAGUGGAAUUGGUUUCAAACAUGCCCGCAAUUCAUCUAUCUCCCUUUUCACCACCAAGGAAGAAGUUGAGACUGCCACAGCACCCAGAUUUUCCCCUCGAUGGUCAACUUCCAAUGCCAACAUUCUCAGGCAACCUCCUUGGGCACAGCAACCACUUUGGGUGUCUACCCAACACCACUCCUGCUGGCAUGCAGGGAGCCAGGCAUGCUCAUUAUGGUGUAUCUCUAUCGGAUCUCCACCUCAAUAAACUGCAGUCAGGUCUCUUUCCGGCUAGUUUUCCGCCGCUUGAUCUUGCUGCUACACCCAGUAGGACUUCCAAUGGUGGCCCAAUAGUUAAAAAGCCUGCGAUGAGUGAGAAUGUUUCUUGCGUGCUAACCAUGGCCCAUUCUAUCCGGAAUUCUAAGAAAACUGAUGAUGUAAAGACUUCCCAGCUUGUACUUUUUGGUCAGCCAAUUCUUACUGAGCAGCAAAUCUCUCUUAGCUGCUCUGGUGAUACAGUCUCGCCAGUUCUUACUGGAAAUAGUUCUUCAGAAGGGAAUCUAGACAAGAUGGCAAAGUUUUCUGAUGGUUCUGGAUCUGCACUUCAUCAACAAGGCCUGCCAGAGCGCACAUUCUGUGAAGGUUUACCAUGGUAUAAGGAUAUGCGCCAAGAAGCUGAACCCAACUUAGAGACUGGUCACUGUAAAAUUUUCAUGGAAUCAGAGGAUGUAGGCCGUACUCUUGACCUUUCGUUGCUGGAGUCUUAUAGUGAGUUGCUUAAAAAGCUGGCCGACAUGUUCGGUAUAGAAAAUUCUGAAACUUUGAGCCAUUUACUCUAUCGGGAUGCUACAGGUGCAGUCAAACAAAUUGGAGAUGAACCAAUCAGUGACUUUAAGAAAACUGCAAGGAGAUUAACAAUUCUAAUGGAUUCAAGCAGCGACAACGUAGGAGGGUGCAGAGGAAGAAACAAACCUUGAUUUCAAUUUGUACAGCUGGUUGAAACCUUAUUGCUCAUGCUGACCUAUUCACUUUUUUUUAAAGUUGUAGGAGGAGCUGCAACUUCAGUCCAAGUUUCCAGACUUGCAACCUUUAAAAUCUUCCCUUAUUCUGUUUUUCUCCAUUGUUUUCAAGGGACAUUUGGAUUUUGAAGCUUUUCGUUUCAAGGUCAUAGUUAAUUAAACAAUUUUGUUGAUAUAUUGUUGAUUUUAGGUUUCAUGGUUUUUAUAGGCUGCCGGUUCCUACGAAGGUCCAAGUCAAUUUGUAGGAUAUGGUCUAUAUGUAUUAGAGGGUUCUUUUUGCCCCUUUUACUAGUUUUUUCCUCUCUUUGGGGAAUUGAUUGAAGUCCAGUUAAAGCAUAUCCCCAGUCUUUCUGUACUUCAUUUCUUACAACUAUUAACUGUACAAUACAAAGGUUUUCCUGUGCUUAUAUAUAUAUCAAGGCUGAUUUUUAUUACCCUUAGUAUAAAAAUGGAAGG